GGGACGCGAACGCGCGCACACACCCCUCCCUCACGGCAUCGCCGGCCACCAGCAGCGUCUGACGCUCAGCCCGAGUCGCGACGCAGCAGAGCCUCAUCUGCUCGUGACAUUCCGGCUUUUGUGUCUGAGCGAGGAGGGGGGGAGACCUUCUUUGUGGACCACCAUGGACAUGAUGGGUGACAAAAAGCGGCGACGUGUCAACUGCAAAGGCUUGCUGAAGAAGAACUGGCUGCUGAUCGCCACGGUGGCAUCGGUCCUGCUCGGGAUCAGUCUGGGUGUUGCCGUAAGAGAGUACGCCUCCCUGUCCCAUCUUCACAAGCAGUAUUUCGGCUUCCCGGGAGAGAUUCUAAUGCGAAUGCUUAAGCUGGUCAUCCUCCCACUGAUCAUUUCCAGCAUGAUAACAGGUGUCGCGGCCCUGGACUCGGAGGUGUCAGGCAAGAUCGGCCUGCGAGCUGUCAUUUAUUACUUCUCCACGACGAUUAUCGCCGUCGUCCUUGGUAUUAUUUUGGUGAUGACGAUCAAGCCCGGAGUCUCUCAAACGGCGCAGCACAUCGACAGAGCCGGAACCACGCCCAACGUCACAACCGUCGACACGCUGCUGGACCUCCUCAGAAACAUGUUCCCGGAAAACUUGGUUCAGGCUUGUUUCCAACAGUACAAAACCAAGCGCAAAGAGCUGGAGCCGCCUCAGAAGGUUCCAGUCGCGAACACGGCCAUUCCUCCUCUCGCGACCACUGUCAUGGCCGCCGUGGAGAACAUCACCAAAGAUUACAAAAUCAGCGGCACGUAUUCCGACGGAAUCAACGUUUUGGGCCUCAUCGUAUUCUGCGUUGCGUUCGGACUCGUCAUCGGGAAGAUGGGCGAAAAGGGACGCAUCCUUCUGGAGUUUUUCGACGCCUUGAACGAUGCCACCAUGAAACUGGUGCACAUAAUUAUGUGCUACAUGCCAAUCGGGAUCAUGUUCCUAAUUGCCGCGAAGAUCAUCGAGGUGGAAGACUGGGAGAUCUUCCGGAAGAUGGGUCUUUAUAUGGUGACGGUGCUGAGCGGUCUCGCCAUCCACGCCGUCGUCUGUCUGCCGCUCAUCUUCUUCGUCAUUGUGAGGAAGAACCCGUACGCGUUCACCCUGGGGAUGGCGCAGGCCCUGGUGACGGCGCUCAUGAUCUCCUCCAGCUCUGCCACCCUGCCCGUCACCUUCCGCUGCGCUGAGGAAAACAACGGCGUGGACAAGCGCAUCACCCGCUUCGUCCUGCCCGUGGGCGCCACCAUUAACAUGGACGGCACGGCGCUCUACGAGGCCGUCGCCGCCAUUUUUAUCGCCCAGCUCAACGACUACGCGCUGGACGUGGGGCAGAUCGUGACCAUCAGUAUUACAGCAACAGUGGCAAGUAUCGGAGCUGCGGGGGUCCCUAACGCCGGCCUGGUCACUAUGGUAAUCGUCUUGACAGCUGUCGGACUACCUGCCAGCGAUGUCACGCUCAUCGUCGCUGUGGAUUGGCUGCUAGACCGUUUCCGCACCAUGAUCAACGUGCUGGGCGACGCUUACGGCGCCGGCAUCGUCCAGAAGCUCUCCAAGCACGAGCUGGAGAGGACGGACCUGAGCUCGGACAUGGACCUGGCCAACCCCUUCGCCCUGGAGGCCACGCUGGACGGCGACGAGUGCGACAAGAAAUCCUACGUCAACGGCGGCUUCGCCGUCGACAAGACGGACGCCAUCUCCUUUACCGAAACGUCGCAGUUCUAGAACCCCGCCUCCGCCUGAAGAAAGUGCCACAUACCCUGAGGGUUAAUAGCCUCUAUCAGCACCUAUCAUCAGCAAUAGCAGCUUCCAUUCAUCACUGACAUUUGCCACCGAUUUCAAGUGCUUCCUUUUUACACCGAAACGAUACAUUUAUACUCCUGGAAAAGUCCUUAGUGGACGGAUGAGAGGCCUGUUUAUCAAGCAGUGACAUUCCACAACGCAGCUUUAUUUGCUUCCGAGUAGAAACGCACGGCUACUAUUAACUAUUUGUACAGAAAUGUUACAACUGUGCCAAGCCUGUGAAGAGGUGAGUUGCCUUGACGGCUCGAGUCGUGAAACACUGUGAACUUUGGCCACAUAAUAAGCGUACCGCCCUGUUCUCGUGAGAAUUUUGGGGGGGAAAUGGCGCAGGAAACGUUGCGAUAUUGUGAGAAAAAAGUCGUAACGUCACCAGAUUAAGGCUGGAAUAUUACAAGAAAAAAGUUCAAAGACAGAAUGGUGUAAGGUUUAUGAUUUGAGACGCAUAAGGAAAGAAAUUUGAAAAAAUGUUGUGAUAAAAAGGCACUGUUGCGAAAAAAAUGGUAUUAUGACAAAGUUGUCAUGCUGCGAAAAAUGUGUAGUUUCAGAAAAGGUCAUAGGGUUGCGCUAAAGAUAUGAGGGAAAAAAGUCUCAGUGUUGCGAAGUGAUGAAAUUACAAGAAAAAUGUGGCAAUAACGUGUGGGCAAAAAACGGAAAGUUCCAAAAAAGUGGUCGUAUGAGAAAAAGAUUUCAGUUUGGAAUAUUACAAGAAAAAUGUUGUCAUGAUUCAUAAUGAUCACAAAGUUAUGAAAAAAAGUUGUGGUAUUACAAAAAAAAAACAAAGUUGAGUCUCUUUAUUUUAAUGUGCAAUUAAAUUUAAAAAAAACAGCAUCAGAAACAAUAAAUAAAAUUCCAGUGCGACAAAUUAAGGGUUGGAAUAUAAGAAAAAAGUGAUGAGGGUGUGAGGAAAAGCUGUAGGAUUGUGAAACUGUGACGCUACAAGAAAAAAAAUGCAACAUUGGAAAAUUAACAUCAGAAAACUGAAAGAAAACAUCAGUAAUACUGUGUGAAAUAAGUUGUAAUAUUGCGAAAACCUGGCAAUAUGAGAAGAAAAUCACAUUGGUAAAUUCUCCCGAGAACAGGCUUUUCGAGUCGCGCCUUGUGUUUAGGCUGUUACAAAAUAGAUGAGAACCCGGUUUUUUUUCUUGUUGUUCAUGUUGUAAUUCAGACCAAAUUGCACACACACACACACACACACACACACACACGCGCACGCACACACCAAGGAGACCAAGGUACCGUACUGUAUGCUCUUGUUACCUCCAGUCAGCUUUCCAAGUGUACUCCAAGACACGACUAAAUUCCCUCCGACGCAUUUUGCCAUUGAAAGCGGACAAGGUUGUCGGGCGCAACGUGGCUCGAACGCUUGAUGAGUUUGUCGAUUCAUGUAUUCGCUGUCCAAUAUAUGAAUAAAAAGAAGUCGCUUCCAAAGCACAAAUUACUAUUGAUUA